CCCAGUCAGUGACCCCCUUAUCACCUCAAAAUAAGUCAUUCGGUGUUCAGCAUUGGUCAAAAUGCUUAGAGAAGUAAAACCAAAAAAUGCGCGCACAGCGCGCAUCUUGAAGGCCAAAGAACCUCAGCUCAUUGAACCCCCCAAGCGCACGCUAUUGUUGCAUGGCUCCAAAUGCCCGCAAGCACUACACACUGUUUUGAAGACCUUUCACUCCCUGACAAGGCCCAACUCAGUCCUAUUUCACAAGAAGAACGAGAAUAUCCACCCGUUUGAGAGCGUGGAAAGUCUUGAAUUUUUGGCCAACAAAAACGAAUGUGGUCUUGUGGUAUUCGGUAGCAGCAACAAAAAGCGACCCAACUGCGUCACUUUGGCACGUGUAUUCGAUUCCAAGAUCCUUGACAUGUGCGAGUUGAUGCUACUGCCGCACCCUGAUGCGGAUCAACACACUGAUCUGGCUAUGCACAUCGGCAUCGGAUUGCGGCCCAUGAUCCUCUUCUCAGGCAGCGCUUGGGACGACUCGACCUCAGUGGCACACGUUAUGCUGAAGAGCAUGUUCCUGGACCUGUUCAAGGGUGAGACAAAUGAUAAGAUUGAUGUGGAAGGGUUGCAAUAUAUUUUGAUGAUUGGUGCCGAGGAAUCCACUGAAGGGUUGGCCCCUGUUGUCCAUCUGCGGUGGUACAAGCUUCGCACUAAGCGCAGUGGUCACAAGCUUCCUCGGGUGGAGCUAGAUGAGAUUGGACCUAAGUUUGACUUCAAGAUCGGACGUCUACAGGAGGCUCCUCGGGACGCGAUGAAGGAGGCUAUGAAGCAGGGCAAGAGACCCAACGAGGAGAUCAAGAUGAAGAAGAACAUCAGCAUGGACUCAAUCGGUGAUAAGAUCGGUCGCGUCCACUUGGGCAAGCAGGAUCUCAGCGGCUUGCAAACCCGGAAGAUGAAGGGAUUGAAGCGCCGCGCAGGGGUGGAGUCGGAUGAGGAUGACGAGGAUCAGGACAUGAUAGACGUGAGCGAGAUCUCGGAGGAUGAAGGACGCAAGCGAACCAAAACGGCAUGAAGGUCUUGUUGAAAUGCAUUGUAUUGCGAAUUGAUUUAUUCGACUUACUAUAUCUAUCUAACCUUGCGCACGAGGCGUUUCUGGGGGGGGUUCGGUUUUCACUCUGGCCAUGGUCCAGCACCUACCUCAUAUUUGAACCUGUUCGAUACGUGCUUAUUUCAUAUAAACUCGCAAAUGAAAAAAGUAUUAUCAGC